AUUUUAUUUCUUUCGUCGUAAAUCCUUCGAGCAAGGGACAUUUUGGCUGGGAUCGGCAGUAACAUCGCGUCGUCGAGGAAUUCGUUACUUCUAGGAAAAUCUCUCGUAAUUGGUGAACUUGGUGGCGAUUGUGAUCCUGUCCCGGGGAAAGUGCGGUCUUUCCAAAUGUGUCACUCGUUACCUGGUGGGAAUGGCAGCGGCCGAUCUCCUGGUCGUUAUCUCCGAUCCGCUGCUGAGGAUGACUGCUUCGAUUUAUUUUCCCCGAUCAUUCCUGUCCGUCACUCCUGUGUGCAGACUCGGUCUAUGGUUUGCUGUUGUGAGCACUGCGACCUCAGUCUGGCUGACGGUCGCUUUCACCGUCGAUCGGUUUGUGGCUAUUUGCUGUGAGAAGCUGAAAACAAAAUAUUGCACCGAGAGAAUGGCGGCUGUGGUUAUCGGGAUAGUGACUGUGCUGGUUUGUCUGGAGAGUGUCCCCUGUGGCUUUGUAUACGGGCCUGGAGAAAUAGCUGAUGGUGUUCCCUGGGAUUGUGUUUAUACAACGAGCUACAAAAACUCCCCCGCAUGGUUGAUGUUUGCAAUAUUUCAUCGCAUUUUAACCCCUUGUAUCCCAUUCUUUCUGAUUUUGCUGUUCAAUAUUCUGACCAUCAGGCGGAUUCUAGCGGCCAGUCGAGCCCGCAGCGGGCUCCGGGGACAAAAGAGUGGAGAGAAUGACAGGGACCGAGAGAUGGAGAACCGACGCAAAUCCGUCGUUUUGCUCUUCAGCGUAACGGGUAGUUUCGUAUUGUUGUGGGGAACAUACGUGGUAUUUUUUAUCUGUAGACGUAUUUCAAUGAGUUUUGUUGAUUCUAUCACGGCUCCCCGUUAUGUCACACAACACACGUCAGAAAUGCUGCAAAUUCUCAGUUCCUGCACCAACACGUGUAUUUACGCCCUGACCCAGAGCAAAUUCCGAGAGGAACUAAAAAUUGCCGUGAAAUACCCACUGAAUCGGAUUUUGAAACGCAUGAAACGUCAGUAAUAAUGGUGUAAAAUAGUACAAUUUAGCUGCCUUCAAGCACCCUAUUCGGACCGAGACCCUUCGUCAUUGUCCUGUCCACCGUGUGCACUUUUUCCUUUUGUGUGUACUUCCUUAGAGUCGCAAAACAGCUGUUUACAGCUGAUCCCGAGGGCAUCUCUGGGAUCCCAAACAAAUCCCCUUUACACCUCACGUCCCGUCCUGUAAAAAUGAAGACUGAGGCGAACCUGUUUCCCCUGCUUCCCGGUUCUGACAAAACUGCCUGACCUUGUAGUAUAAUUCCGUCUGUAUCAACCCCUCCUGCUCCCGUCACAACCCGUCUUUUCCUUCAUCCUCUUUUUCCCCGCCUUCACUACCUGUAUGUUCUCGUUCUCACUGCCAACUUGAUCGAUCUUCCUAUAGGAGAACUUUAAUUUUGUUUUUACAAUUGAAGACAAUGUACCGUUACAUUCACUUGUAGAGUAGGGAGAGGUCGCGGGGCAUAGGGACAGAGCAAUUGUGACAUUGUCGAAUUUGUGGUUCUCCUCCAGCAGUGAGAUCGGCUUG